AUUAAACUCAAACUCACCACCAGAAGCAGAACGCGGAGCUACCUUAGAAAAGCGGCCGGAGCUUCAAUUUACCUCUAGAAACAGCCAUCACCCUCCGAAUCCAUACUAAAAACAGUGGCUCCAAGUGAAGUAUUGAUGGCGAAGGAGAGCGAAAAGACGGCAAUGGAUAUUGACGCACCAAAAUCAAACAAUUCCGAUCAGAUCAACCCUAGAUAUUCAAUCAACGUGUUGCAGCUACUGAAAUCUGCGCAAAUGCAGCAUGGCUUGCGGCAUGGGGAUUACACUCGUUACAGGAGGUAUUGUACUGCUCGAUUGAGGAGGUUAUAUAAAUCGCUGAAGUUUACUCAUGGCCGUGGUAAAUAUGCUCGUAGAGCUAUUACUGAAUCCACUGUUACUGAAGUGAGGUUUCUGCAUCUGGUUCUUUAUUCUGCGGAGAGAGCUUGGAGCCAUGCUAUGGAGAAAAGACAGCUUCCAGAUGGUCCAAAUGCCCGUCAGCGCAUCUAUUUGAUUGGGAGACUAAGAAAGGCAGCACAAUGGGCUAAUCUUUUCUCACAGUUGUGUGUUAUAAAGGGAGAUUCCAGGACUUCCUUAGAAGCUGAGGCGUAUGCCGCCUAUAUGAAUGGCAGUCUGUUAUUUGAACAAGAUCGGAAUUGGGAAACUGCGUUGAAGAAUUUCUUAAGUGCCAGAGCUGUUUAUGAAGAACUUGGAAAAUAUGGAGACCUGGAGAAUCAAGUUUUGUGCCGUGAGCGUGUUGAAGAGCUUGAACCCAGUAUCCGAUAUUGCCGACACAAGAUUGGCGAGUCAAAUCUACAAACCUCUGAACUCCUACAAAUUGGUGAGAUGGAAGGUCCUGCACUAGACCUCUUCAAAGCUAAAUUGGAGGCUGUUAUGGCCGAGGCAAGGUCCCAGCAGGCAGCUUCUCUGACCGAGUUUCAUUGGCUUGGCCACAAAUUUCCAAUAUCCAAUGCAAAAACACGGGUUGCAAUUUUAAAAGCUCAAGAAUUAGAGAAGGAUUUGCAUGGUUCUGCAGCAGAUUCACUCCCAGCAGAGAAAAAAUUAGUCAUCUUUGAUAAAAUUUUCACUGCAUAUCAUGAAGCUAGAAGCAGCAUUCGUACUGAUUUGGUCAGUGCAGGUAAUGCUGAUAGUGUUAAAGAUGACUUAAGUGGCCUUGAUAAAGCUGUUGGUGCUGUACUAGGACAACGGACGAUUGAGCGUAAUCAGUUGUUGGUUAGCAUUGCAAAGAGUAGACUUACAAGGCGACGCGAUGAAAAAAAUGAAAAAGUUACCAAGCCUGAGGAGCUUGUUCGCUUGUAUGAUCUCUUGUUACAGAAUACAUCUGAUCUCUCUGACUUGGUUAGUUCUGGAAGAGAUACAAAGCCUGAGGAAGUUGCAUUCUCUGAAGAUUGUGCAGUUAAAAGUUUGGCUUUCCGUGCACAUAGGUGCUUUUAUCUAGCAAAGUCUUAUAGUUUAGCUGGGAAAAGAGCAGAAGCAUAUGCAUUAUUUCGUCGUGCUCAGUCCCUUGCUGAGAAUGCCAUACAGAAGUUUCAAUCUCUUAACAAUAAUGAUGAGAUAAUGAGCAAAGAGCUGAAAACUUUAUACAACGAGAGUAGAUCUAAUAGUUGCAUAGAGCAUGCGUCAGGAAUCAUGGAAAAUGAGAAGGCUCCUGAGAUUCUCUCCGAAAAAGUUUCCGCAAUAUCAAUAAGUGGAAAUGACAAGAAGGUUGAGAAAUUCCUUCUUGAGAAACUGGAUGUGUAUGAAUCGGCAGUUGGCGAUCCAAAUGUUAAAGCUCCUCCUCGGAUUGAAGCCUUCCCUCCGCCCUUUCAAACAAUACCUCGAAACCCGAUAAUUCUAGACCUUGCCUAUAAUUGUAUUGAAUUCCCAUCUCUGGAAAACAGGACAAAGAAGGACAAGAAAGGCGGCAUAUUGAGUAGGUUCUGGGGAUGAGUUGUGUAGAAUGAAUGAAGCUUUGAUUAUCUGAACAAUUCAGGAAAAAUGGCAAGGCAUCUCUUUGAUUAGCUAUAGGAGACAUCUACAUUGUUGUCAGAAGCUGAGGGUUGAAAAUUUUGGGCUUAUAAUUUUUAGCUAGUUAAAAGUAAACUAUGAUAUUUGUUGAUUCAGAUGGAAAGGCAAUCCUGUGUAAUAAAUUUAAAAUUUUAUGGAAUUUGCAAAAAUUUUGCAUUUUGCAAAGGCUUAAUGAUUUUAAAUUUUUAA